GAAUAUCAAGAAUAACUUGAGAAAUGAAUAUAUCCAGAAACACCAUGUCUGUCUAUUUACCUUUUUAUAUACAGCAACCUAACAUCUAGUUGAAUACUGGAGCUGCCCCUGCACUACGAAGUAGAGUAGCUGGAGCUACGUGAGAGAGAAUAUCAAAGUAAAUGAUCAGAUAAACAGCAGUUGAACUGGUUCCACAGCUGAACGAUUUGUCAUCAAGCUAUGUUCAGUGACUUUUAUAUGUGCUUUGGUGGUUUCCACUUCCAAACACCUACCAACCUCCACCAAACAUGAAGCUGCUGCUGACUGUCUGUCUGACCUGGGCUCUGCUCUACACAGCUGAGUCACUGCACUGCCAUGUGUGUACAAAUGAAAUGUGUUCCAACACAACCUCUGUCCAGUGUCCUGCCACGAGGACAAUCUGCAAAACUGUCACUUCAGUGAAGGGGACCGGUUCAUCUGCCACUGUGACAGUGAAUAAAAAGUGUUCUUCCCCGCUGUCCUGCUUCACUCCGCCCAGCAUUGAGACUGAAUGGUCAGUGAACCUCGGUUACGGACGGGAAGCCCACACUCAGAUUUGCUGCGUGACCGACAACUGCAACUUCCAGACAUUGGCCACUCCCAGUUCUUUCAUGAAUGGGAAGGUGUGUCCGGACUGUGCGAGCCCAGCUGACAGCUUGGCGGGGACCUGCAACACAACAUUGAACUGUGUGGGAGCUGAAGACAGUUGCUUCAGUGGCAACACUACAUCAAACAUGCUGCUGCUCGGCUGUAUAACCAGAUACCUCUGCAGCCCAGAGACUGCUAUCUUGGCCCUGCUUACUGAUUACCCCAGGAUCACAUGUGGAGCACCGUGGAGCGUCAGCAUCAGCGCUAUGCUGGUGACCUUUGCUCUUACAUUGCAUAAAAUCCUUGUUUAAUUAAUACUUGUGCUCACACACACACACACACACUGAAAUGCAGAAAUAAAACCCAUUUUCUUCUGAAA